AUGGAAUCAUCUGUCUCAUUUGGAGUGAUCCUUGCUGUCCUGGCCUCCCUCAUUAUUGCUACUAACGCCCUUGUGGCCAUGGCGGUACUGCCGUUGAUCUUCAAGAAUGAUAGCGUCAGUCUCUGUUUCACCUUGAAUCUGGCUGUGGCUGAUGCCUUGCUUGGCCUGGCCAUCUCUGGCCUAGUCACAGACCAGCUCUCCAGCCCGGCUCGGCCCACGGAGAAGACGCUGUGCAGCCUUCGGAUGGCAUUUGUCACUUCUUCUGCAGCCGCCUCUGUCCUCACGGUCAUGCUGAUUGCCUUUGACAGGUACCUUGCCAUCAAGUGGCCCCUCCGCUAUUUCCAGAUCAUGAAUGGGUUCGUGGUCGGGACCUGCCUUGCCGGGCUGUGGUUGGUGUCUAACAUCAUUGGUUUCCUUCCCCUCGGGAUCCACGGAUUCCAGCAGACCACCUACAGGGGGUCCUGCAGCUUCUUCGCUGUGUUUCACCCGCGCUUCGUGCUGACCCUCUCCUGCGUCGGCUUCUUUCCGGCCCUGCUGCUCUUUGUCUUUUUCUACUGUGACAUACUCAAGAUUGCCUCCACGCACAGCCAGCAGAUCCGCAACACGGAGCAUGCAGGAGCCCUGGCCGGGGCUCACCGGCCCCCACGGACCCCCAGUGACUUAAAGGCUGUGCGCACAGUGGCCAUUCUCAUUGGUAGCUUCACGCUGUCCUGGUCCCCAUUCCUUAUCACGGGCAUUGUGCAGGUGGCCUGCCAGGAGUGCCGCCUCUACCUGGUGCUGGAGCAGUACCUGUGGCUGCUCGGCGUGGGCAACUCCCUGCUGAACCCACUCAUCUAUGCCUGUUGGCAGAAGGAGGUGCGGCAACAGUUCUCCCAGAUGGCCCUGGCUAUGAAGAAGGGGCUCGCCGCAUGCCUUCUUCUCUUGGCCAGGGAUGGGGGCCCAGAGGGGCACAGGGAAAGUGUGCGUUACAUCACCACCAUGUCCCACUUAGAGCCUGAAGGCUAA